AUGGACUACUCACCUCCCGCCGCUCCAGAAAACUGGACACCUUUCACCCACCCAGAAGGUUCAGUAUACUUUCAAAAUAAGAUGUUGGCAACUUAUCCAAUCCUGACUGAUGUUUAUGUAUACGAAACUUCCGCUCGUGAAGAAUUAGAGGGUUAUAUCAACAAGAUUCUCACAUAUAUCAACCAACAUGCAGUACAAUUACCGCAAGACGAUAUCUGUCUCGUUCUCGAAUUCCGAAAGAGCAAGAACUGCGGUUAUUAUUUCGUGAACCAUGCCCGACGGUGCCUCUUCUGGCUCGCUGAAUUUGAUGCUAUCGACUUUCUCGCUGCGGUGAAAGUGCACUAUGAACCAUCUCAUGUCGCCCAUGAAAUGCAGGCACUCUACUGGCUACAUAACGAGUACUUCCCUAGUCCGGAUAUCCAUCCGAUGGCCCCUAAAGUCCUUACAGAGCUGGAAGACAUUCUGCACCAGGCUAUUGGGGAUGCGUUAACGUCGUCCUCCCCGACUAUGCCUUAUACCAUCGAUGUCCUUCAGCAGAUGUUAGCUCUAACAAAGAGUGUUAAGCUCGUGGCAGUCUCACUUCAAGUAGAACUGGACCAACAGGACCGCGGUUCAGGAUCAACCUCCAUGAUGUAUCGAUUUUUGCACAACUUUUACCAUGAAUACUUCCUCCAUCUCCACGGGCAAAGGGCUGCACGUCUGGAUAGGGACCAACCUAUCCAUCCUACAUAUCAACGAACGUUCCUCAUGACCAUUUUCUCUCCAUUAUUAUUCUAUGGCCCUGAGAUACACUCGAAAACACUUCAAAAAACCGCUGUCGACGCCAUGGUACGGAAGGCAGACUGGGAUGUUGUGCUAGCACAAUUGACUGAUGGCUGGAAACAACUGAAUAUUUAUGCAACUGUGAUGCUAGCGGCCAACGUGGCCUUUUUGGCAAUUCCAAGCAUCGAGGGCAUGGACGAUGCGAGUGCACCAGGCCGCUGUUCAUGGCAGCAGAGUAUUAGCUAUCUUUCGACUAUGGGCAGUCUCGGCUCGAUUAUUCUGGGGCUGUUCCUUGUGCAAUUGCACAAUACCACGUUGAAGGCGAGUUGA